AUGCCUCUGUUGCGCGAUCCAAUCGAUGAGCCACAAGCUCUAAGCGGGAGCUCUGUUAGCUCUGGAAAACGCUUUGUCAAGAUAUUCCAUCCAGGAUAUCACGAGCCCGAUCAAGAACAAUACGAUCCAAAUGGUGAUGUCCUCAUCUCCUUGCCCGCCCUCGACGACGGCGGCAUCCAUCACGACACAGCACACACGGCUUGUGCCAUCCUCGCUGCGAACCGAUGGGAUGGAUAUUUCUCGCGCGAUCGAAGCGGAACGGCGAAGGUCGACCCGCCGCAAGAUGGCAUUCUCCGCGAGAAAAGCUACUUUUUCUGUCUCCCUUCUCCUUCGACUUCAACAUCUCCCGACUCGACCGACCACCCAUACCCCGUCAUCGCACGCUUCGGCGAUUGGCGAUUCCCUCACGAUGACUUGCCACCUAUAUGGAGACGGCUUCAAGAGCAGUUGGAUGUUCUGGAGCAUGCUGGGGCUGGGACUCGGACCAUCGGCAACGGGUGUUGUUGUCUUAGUAAUUACGUCGACGGCGUCGAACAGGCGCAUCUGGUCCCCUCGUCACAAUCGGUUUGGUGGUCAAGAAACGACAUGUCUCAAUACUGUCAGACAAAUCUUUUUUCUACUGAUCCGAUGAAUGGGCGGGCAAAUUUCCUCCCUUUGCGCUGCGAUAUUCAUAGGGUGUUUGACGAGCGGCACUUUUGUUUUGUACCCAAGAUUGAGGGCGGAGACGAGGAGUCUACACCUGUGCCUCAUCUAGUAGGACACGUUUUCAACUCUACCCCAGGCGGACAGCUCCCGAGGUUGUGGCACAACCGACGGUUGCAUGCCCUCUCGUCGGUGGUCUCGGUUGAAUGCCUAUUAGCUCGCUUUGCUUGGACAAUCUUCUCUCCCACUGUUUUCCGGGAUUUUCUCUACGCCUCCUCAAAGUCACGGCGAAUCCUGACCUGGGAUUCCGGGUCGCGAAAACACAUCACCGAGAGCGCCGAUCCAGAGAGGUGCCGCCGUAUCCUUGCGGCUGCGAGGUCAAGAAGCGAGAGUCCCAAGAAGAGGUCAAGAGGAGGGGAAGGAUGCAAUAAUGACGAAGUGGAGGAAUAUGAUGCUCACCACGAUGAGACCUCAUCGGAUCUAGAUAGUGGUUAUUGCGAUGAUUCAUGGUCCAGGCCUCCACCCGAUUCGUGGUUCUCGCUUCCACUUACUCGGGCCACGAAAGAUGAUACCCAUGGCGAAGUUGAGCGUGGUAGGACAAGGAAGCGCAAGAUUGACGACACUGGCGAUGAUGACUGUAUACAAAAAACCACUCCUGAGAAUUCCGGACGACCUAAACGGGUCAGUCUCCAUGAAUUAAACUCUUGGAAGAGUGUAGAGAGCGCUUGGCCAUAG